AUGAUCUCGCCCGAGCAGAGGAGAAGGAUCGUGAACCGAGUCAUUUUCCAAUACCCCUUUGAUGAACGGCCUGGUCUCUGGAUCUACUUGCUGUGGUUCUGCCUUAGCACCCGAACGAAUAAUCGCACCCAGCCCGAUUUCAUCGCCACUGAGAUAGAGACCGGAUACUCUAGCGACUUCAUCCAGCAAGGCUUCCAGGAGCUGUCGGACUAUGGUCGCACGGUGCAUGCCGCUAUACAGAGUGCUGUAGAGGAACUUGAGCAUGUGAAUCGACUGAGCAACCGGCUGAGCCCAAUUGAGGAAGAUCCGAAUGAAGAGUGA